GUUCCGAUCCCUCUCCUUCAACUCGCCUCGACUUCUCCGACGACUUGCGAACAUCGACACGCGCUUGCUACAUACCCACCCGCUGGAAAUUGGCUACCAAAGAACAUAAAACCGCUCUCAUACUCACGCAGAAACAACUAUGGGCAACGGCGCGAGAGCUCAGCAGAAGCGGGAACGCAACCAGAAGGACACCAAGGUCGCCAAAUCCCAACUCAAAGUUGUACGUUCAGUUUUCGUGCAGAGCCCAAGCGACAACACCAUUGCCCCCCCUUCUCUUUGCCUCCCCAUUCUAGGUCGUUUCCUCUCGGUCUCUUGUAAAAAAAAAAAAAAAAAAAAAGUAAAAAAAAAGGUCCCCCAUCUGCUAACCCAUCCUCUCUCCGCCUUAGAACGCCGCGGCCAAGGAUAUCCAGUGCAUUGUUUGCAAGGCCACUUUCCUCAAAACGACAAAGGCACCAGCGUAAGAUCCCGAUUCCAGCGCCAUCUCCCCCUUGACCAUAGAGUGUCAAGACGGCUGACAUUCGCGGGCUGCAGUUUGACCGAGCAUGCCGACAACAAGCACCGGAAGACUCUCGCUGAAUGUUUCCCCAGCUUUGUCGCGCCUGCAUGACGGGUGAUUUAUUUCGAAUAGACUCUGCGGCGCAACUAUCACAUGCUGGUGGUUGGUUUUGAGUCCGGAGAAUGGAAGGCAGCCAAUUUUCUUUCCCAACUGAUUUGGGGUGGAUCGGUGGCGCGGGGCAUUCAGCGACGGCGUAUAUGGUAUGGGACUGAAUAUGAAUCACGAAUACUGCAUUGAAAAG